GCCAGGAGAGGAGUCGUGGUUCCUGCCCUUAUUUCCCGGUGCUUCUCCUCUGUGCUCACUGCCCCCUUGACCUCCACCGAGCUGUAGUCAGACGUUCGACGUGCGCCUCUGCUGAUCUGAGCUCUGCAGACCAGCAGGAACCUGCAUCUGCCCUGAAGAUGUGAAGGUGACCCGGGUCCAUGGUGAGGACCCCGCAGGGCUGUGCUGAUGGACGGCUGAGGACCAAGGAGGCCCCACACGGAGGCUCUGAGAGGGAAGGGCGUGGCCUGGGCACCCUCACCUGCAAGGGGCACCUCAGGAAUACACCGGGUCUCUUUGCUGAUCUGUCACAGAAACGAGAGCCAGGCUCUCAGGAAGGGGUAGUUCCCCUUCCCGUGGGGCUGCUGACGUGACAGCCCCGUGACGGGGAGGACCAGCCUCUGAGCGGACACACCCUGUGGGUCUCUGUGCUGAGGGCACCGUGUCUCCUCCAUCUGCACAGCCUGCACCACAGGGAGGAGGCGCCAUGACCCCCACCCUCACGGCCCUGCUCUGUCUCGGGCUGAGUGUGGGCGUGAGGACCCAGGUGCAGGCAGGGACCCGCCCCAAACCCACCAUCUGGGCUGAGCCAGGCUCUGUGAUCCCCUGGUGGAGGCCCGUGACCAUCUGGUGUCAGGGGACCCUGGGGGCCCGGGGGUUCCGUCUGGAUAAAGAGGGAAGCCAAAACCCCUGGGACACACAGCCUCCACUGAAGCCCGGGCACAAGGCCAAGUUCUCCAUCCCACACAUGACGGAGGAGCACGCAGGGAGAUACCACUGUUACUAUCACAGCCUCACUGGCUGGUCAGAGCGCAGUGACCCCCUGGAGCUGGUGAUGACAGGAGCCUACAGCAAGCCCAGCCUCUCAGCCCUGCCGAGCCCCGUGGUGACCUCAGGAGGGAACGUGACCCUCCGGUGUGGCUCAUGGCAGGGAUACGACAGGUUCAUCCUGACUAAGGAAGGGGAAGACAAGCCCUCCGGGGUCCUGGACGCACAGCCACAGCCCAGCGGGCAGACCCAGGCCCUGUUCCCUGUGGGCCCCGUGCCCCCCAGCCCCAGGUGGACGUUCAGAUGCUACGGCUGCUACAGGAGGAAUCCCCAGGUGUGCUCGGCCUCCAGCGACCCCCUGGAGCUCCUGGUCUCAGGUGUGUCUGGGAAGCCCUCCCUCCUCACCCCACAGGGAUCUCUAGUGAUCUCUGGACAGAGCCUGACCUUCCAGUGUCGCUCUGAUGUUGGCUACAAAAGAUACGCUUUGUUUAAGGCCGGGGGUCAGGCCCUCCCCCAGCUUCCCGCCCGGCAGCCCCAGGCUGGGCUCUCUCAGGCCGACCCCCACCCCGGGCCAGGUGAGUGGCCUCCACGGGGCCAGCACAGAGGCUACGGGGGACACAGCCCCCCUGCCCACGACUCCAUCUCAGAGCCCGAGCCUCUGGGGUCCCAGCUCCCCGGACACCGGCCUAUAGAGAAGCGUCCCGUGUGCGGGCUCUGCUCUGCACGGCCCUCCUGCGCUCGCCCGGGGGCCUUCCUGCAGCUCCGAGUGCACGGAGACUCAGCAGGGCCCGGGCAGGGCCGCUGGGGGGGCGCGGGGGGGACGGCACAGCACGUGUGUGUGCACUCCUGUCUGCUCUGCUCCGUGCGUGCACUUUUACUGCUCUCUCCUGUUUUGAGAACUUUUCGGCAAUGCUUGCGGAUAUAAAUACACAAAUCUGUGCAAAAAGAGAGAGAAAGGCGAUGACGGGGGCCUCCCUCCUGUGUCCUGUAGACCCUGUUGUGUCUCAAAUGCGCUCAGUGCCGAAUGUCAGCCCCCUUCGCCUCUGCCCCCUCUCUAAGCCCACAGGCGUGGCCUGUUCCUUAUUGAAGAGCAGACUGAGACCUUUCUGGAGACCUGCCUCCUUACCACCUGCUUAUUUCAAGGAAUUGACCCGCCCAGCUGUGUACGCACUGCUUUCCUCCCUGUCUCACCUGCGUGUCUGCCCA